AUGCUAUCCUCUGUACCGGCCUUGAGUAUCCCAAGCUCUAAUGGCACAUCUGCUGCAGUUGCAGCUGGUAAUACUGGGCCGUUGUCGACUAGCUCCGGAACAUCGUCGGAAGGCGAAACAUUGGCUGGGAGUUCAAGAGCGACAGACGAAGGCAAGGUAAUUUUGUGCAAAGUUUGUGGCGACAAGUCAUCGGGUGUUCAUUAUGGAGUGAUUACCUGUGAAGGCUGCAAGGGCUUCUUUAGACGUAGUCAAUCUUCUGGUACCAGCUACCAGUGUAACAGAGGAGAAACGUGUGUUGUUGAUCGCAUUAACCGAAAUAAAUGUCAGUUUUGUCGGCUUAAGAAGUGCUUGGAACUUGGAAUGAGCAGAGACUCUGUAAAAUUUGGUAGACUACAGCGGAAGCAACAACAAAUGCGGAGCCAUUCGAACUCUGCGGAUAUCCCAGGUCAAAUGACUACAGUAGCUCCAAUGGCUUAUGAAGGCUAUACGCCAACUGGCUCCUAUUCCGCCAAUUGUCAAGAGAAUGUGUUCGAGGAAGUGUCUCCUCCGGAAGCUGCUGUAGCACCGAUCACUUAUGUUGUUAGACAAGACCCAGUUUACAACCAUCAACUUGAUACAGGUCCAUCACCGCGAAUAGCUCAGUAUCCGGUUGAAGUUCAGCAGUACAUAUCGCCACCUUGUGUCCCAAUAACUGAUUCUGUUUUGCAUGCUUUUGAGAAGUCUUAUGCUAGACUGUGGUGCACGUCUCAGGAUUUGCCCAUCGAUAACUUACUCUCUGAAGAUCUCAUCAAAAAUAUGGAUUUGCUGAGUUGUUGGAGAAGAUUCACCAGUGAAGUAGGUAAUAUUGUUACAAUGUCCUGCUACUUUGCAAAGCCGAUUUAUGAUUUAUUUUCAAUUGAUGAAGCUAAAAAGGUGUCUGCGCUGAAGAAUAACGCGUUUGAAAUGUGUUUAUCUGUCAUGUCAAUUUUUUAUGACGCAAAAGUACCAAGUCUAACUGUUUGCGGAAAUACUCUUCCGUUAAGAGUGUUUAUUUCAAAUUCUAAUCCAGCAGUCGGAAAUUUUGCAAGAUCGGUUAGCAACUGUUUUGCCAUUUUACAAAAGUUCAAUAUGUCCAUCACCGAGAUUGCUCUAUACACAGCGUGGAUUUUGUAUGAUGGGAUAGAAGAAGCGAGAGAUUUCCGCCUGAACCUUAAAUGUUGUAUUAUUCAACAGUUCCAACAAAGGAACAAGGAAGACUUGGUCGAGCGGUUACUUGGAUUCCUAGGGACGUUACGUGCAGUUGCGACUAACCAUAAGGAAAUCCUUAAUAAUUUCUUACAGCAAAACACGGACGUUGACUUGGACAAAUUGUACAAAGAAGUGUUUCUCUAA